AUGCAUCCCAAAUAUCAAAUUGACUUUGUAAAACUGAAAGUGUUUAAUAAACAACAGCCUUACUAUGAUGCCUAUCAUCAGUUGAUCUCUCACGCCGAUGCAGCAUUUAAUCACACCACCCAUGCCUUAGCUGAUUUUGCCGUUCCCGGCUACUACGUACAUGCUGAAAUGCACCAGAAAAACUCAGCUGGGCUUCAAUCGGAUGCAUUUGAUGCGUAUGCCUGUGCACUGGCUUAUCACAUAAGCGGCGAUCAAUCAAAAUAUGCCGAUCAAUCACUACGAUUUUUGAAAUCAUGGGCCGACUUGAAUACGAAAUAUUCUGAUGCUGACGGCAGCCUUGUCAUGGCUUAUUCCGGGACGGCAAUGGUCAUGGCGGGCGAAUUACUCCUCAACUACAAUGGUUGGGCUCAUGUUGAUAAGCAAAAGUACUUGAUAUGGGUACAAAAUGUCUAUCUAAAAGCGUCAAAUGAAAUCAGACUACGGAAAAAUAACUGGGCGGACUGGGGUCGGCUGGGCUCGAUUCUAUCUGCCCAUUUGUUGGACAAUCCCCAGGAAACGGCUGAAAAUAUCCGUUUGAUCAAAAGUGAUCUGUUUCAUAAAAUCGCUAACGAUGGUCACAUGCCGAAAGAGACUGCAAGGGGUGCGAAUGGAAUCUGGUACACAUACUUUUCCCUUGCACCCAUUACAGCCGCCUGCUGGAUAGCCUAUCAGUCAACAGGUGAAAAUCUAUUUACCAACUACACGCAAGGCAAUUCUUCGAUCAAGCAGGCGCUCGAUUAUUUGUAUUACUAUAAUCUUCACCCCAACGAAUGGCAAUGGUUUGUCAAUCCUAAUAGAGGAACACCAGGUUCAUGGCCGGGUAACUUGCUGGAAGCCAUGUCAUCUAUUUAUGGGGAUAACCGCUAUGCUGACUAUGCUAAACCGGCAAGGCCCAUAUCCUAUAGUAAACAUCACUUCGCCUGGGCAUUUCCCACGUUGAUGAAAGUCCAAUUGGGUGAUAUGCACUAG